AGAGCCAAGAAACACUCCCAAAGUAUUAUUUACAUAAUAUUGGGAGGCACUUAUAUUGUGCAAUCCACAGCCACUAUGAAGAAAAACUCUAAGGGGAAGUCUUUUACUACUCACAGUGAACUUUAUUGAAACGUGCCAAAGGAGCAUCCGGUUUCAGGAUGUGUGACGUCACCUAUCUGGGGUGGAGUUUCGGGAAUGUUCCCCGAUUUGACAGAACCCGAGCCGUAUGGGCGUCCACUCACCUGGGGAACUCAAAACAAGAGUACCGUGGAAGUUCAAGUACAAAUGAAGACACGGCCAAGGAACAAUAGAAACAAUAAUGUACACGACGGAGCGGAGGCGAAUGAGUCUCCGGCGGGAGUCCGCCUGGCUGCAGUCGUCGGCGGGAAGUUUGUGGCAGGACCCGCUGGCCAUGGAGCUGAGCGCCCGGAGCAGUGGCGCCAAGAACGGCGUUCUCUCGCCCCGCAGCCGCGGCCGCCCGGUGACGGUGGCCUACAUCGCCAACGACGGCGAGGACGAGGCGGCUACACCGGCCGAGCGUCGCCCUUACUCCCUGGCGUGUCUGAAGGAGGCGUGUGUCGACUCGCGAGCCUCGUUUAAAAGCAUCCCGUUUGAGAGGAUCUCCAUGGCGACCACAGACGUUCUGGAUAGCUUCUAUAACGCAGACGUGGCUGUUGUGGAGAUGAGCGACUCUUUCUGCCAGGCAUCCCUCUUCUAUCACCUUGGGGUGAGGGAAAGUUUCAGCAUGACCAAUAACAUCAUCCUGUACUGUUAUAAAGAGGAUACAGACCUGCAGGCUGUGAAGGAGCAGUGUGGAAGCUACACAUUCCUCCCGUAUGUGGUGACACCUCAGGGCAAGGUGUUCGCUUGCGACGGCGCCGUGAUGACAGGCAUCAAAGAGCUGAUGCAGCCCGCUUUCCAGCUGGACUCUUUACUCACGCCACUGACGGAAAGACUCACGCUCUUGCUCAACAACGUAGACGUGCAGUCUAGUGAGUACUUCCGAGAGUCUGUCAGGCAGGAUAUUCGCAUGGCGCGGGAGCGGUUUAAUGGACAAGACCUGAGCGAGGAGUUGAGUCGGAUCCAGAAACGUCUGGACAGCGUGGAGCUCCUCACACCUGACAUUGUCAUGAACCUGCUGCUGUCCUACAGGGACAUUCAGGAUUAUGAUGCUAUGAUCAAACUGGUGGAGAUGCUGAACAACCUACCCAUGUGUCUUGUUGCAAGACACCAAAAUAUAAAGUUUCACUACAUAUUUGCUCUCAACAGGAGAAAUCAACCAGGUGAUCGUGCCAAGGCUUUGGAGGAGAUCCUACCAAUUGUGGAAUCUGGAGACAAAGUGGUAUCAGAUGUCUUCUGCCUGUGUGGUCGCAUCUACAAAGACAUGUUCAUAAGCUCUGGUUUUAUUGACCAACACAGUCGAGAUCAAGCCUCUUAUUGGUAUGGAAAAGCCUUUGAGACUGAACACACUCUUCACUCGGGCAUCAACAACGUGGUUCUCCUAAUGGCAGCCGGCCAUGAGUUUGAUACGUCAAUUGAGCUACGCAAAAAAGGCGUGACCUUGAGCACUCUGUUGGGUCGAAAGGGCAGCCUGGAGAAAAUGAAGGAUUACUGGGACGUGGGCUUCUACCUGGGCGCCAACAUUUUGGCUAAUGCGCACAGGAAAGUCAUUGAGGCUUCUGAAAAACUCUACAAGCUCAAAGCUCCGCUUUGGUUUGUUGCAUCUGUGAUGGAGACGUAUAUUCUGUACAAACAGUUUGCCAAGCCUCCUGAGGUGCGGUCUCCUAAACAGGAUACAGUGGACUUCUGGAUGGAGCUACUGUUACAGUACUGCAAACCUAGCGUCUGCAUGGACCACUGUCCGGUGCUCAUUCUGGAACCAAGUAAAGUCCUUCAGCCUGCUAUCGUGUCUGUAAGCGAGGGGGAUGGGAGUCGCACUGUCCAGUUGAAACACGUCAUGCCCUUCAAGAAAGGCUUACAUCAGUGGACUUUCCCGGCCGCCGCAAUACGGGGAGUGAGUGCUUCAAAAAUUGAUGAGCGGAGUUGCUUCCUGUACGUGCACUACAACUCAGACGACUUCCAGCUGUGCUUUCCCUCGGAGCUGCACUGCAAAGGUUUCUGCGAUCUGGUAAAUUCUCUGCUUCAUAAGACAGAAGACGCCACCCAGGAUGUGAAUCAUCUCAGUGAGGGAAUACUCGAGUACGUAUAUGAGACCAACGAAAAUGGCGACAAAGUGGUCCUCGGGAAAGGCACGUACGGGGUGGUGUAUGCUGGCAGAGAUGUAAGUAACCAAGUGCGCAUCGCCAUCAAGGAGAUCCCAGAGAAGGACAGCACUUAUUCCCAGCCCCUCCAUGAGGAAAUAUGCCUACACAAGCGACUGAAGCACAGAAACAUCGUCCAGUAUCUGGGCUCUCUUAGUCAAGAUGGUUUCAUUAAGAUCUUCAUGGAAGAAGUACCAGGAGGAAGCUUGUCAUCUCUACUGCGCUCCAAGUGGGGUCCUCUAAAAGACAACGAGCCCACCAUCAUCUUCUACACCAAGCAGAUCCUUGAGGGUCUACGAUACCUUCAUGACAAUCAGAUUGUUCACAGAGACAUUAAGGGUGACAACGUCCUGAUAAACACCUACAGUGGCGUUUUAAAGAUCUCAGAUUUCGGAACCUCCAAGAGGCUAGCGGGUAUCAAUCCCUGCACUGAGACUUUUGCUGGAACUCUUCAGUAUAUGGCACCAGAGAUUAUAGACCAGGGCCCUCGGGGCUAUGGGAAGCCAGCUGACAUAUGGUCCCUUGGGUGCACCAUCAUCGAAAUGGCAACAGGCAAAACACCCUUUCAUGAGCUGGGCAGUCCUCAGGCAGCCAUGUUUAAGGUUGGAAUGUUCAAGAUCCACCCCAAAGUUCCAGAGAGCAUGUCAGUAGAGGCCAAGAGCUUCAUCAUGAACUGUUUUGAGCCCAACCCAGAUGAUCGUGCCACGGCCGCCGACCUGCUCCGGGACGCCUUUCUUUCAUUGUCCUCCAGAAAAAAGCCCAGGGCACCAGAUUGUGACUCUGAAGACGCCUCUGCUGGUGACUACCAACGCAGCCUUUCUGUGCCAGUCUCCAUCCUGGUGGAGGACACGGACUCCUAUUCGGAUUCAAUCGACCUGUCCUGCUCGCUGGACUUCAGGAGGACACAAUCCGUGUUUAGAGCUAACCACAUUUCCGAAAGCCCGCCCGGCAACGGACGAUUCCUCCCAGUACCUGAGGACUCAGCUCUGGACAUGAGCAGCCCGGCGUCCACAGAUGAGAACAUGGGCAUGUUCCUGCUGAGGAAGGACAGUGAGAGGAGGGCCACAUUGCACCGAGUGCUCACUGACUAUAUCGCCAAGGUGGUGGAUAACAUACAGGAAGCUUUGCCGCAGUUUGAGAGGUCGUCACUGACAUCAGACCACAUCACUGAGCUGGUUUGCUGCCUGCGGGCCAACAUCUGCUCACCAGAUCGCAAGCGUCUGACCAGCAGCCUUCGGGACCUUCGAGCGUCAUUGAUCUCUUCCGCCGUACCUCUGAACGGCCUGCAGGCGGUGCUGUUUGGCUUUCAGGAUGCUGUGAAGAAAGUCCUGCGGCAACAGCAGGUGAAGCCUCACUGGAUGUUCGCACUUGAUAAUCUGCUAAGACAAGCCGUGCAGGAUGCCAUCACUGUGCUUCUUCCUGAACUGAAGCUCCAGCUGCAGUCGUCAUUUGAGACAGAAGACAGCACUCCCGAGGAGCCCUCGGCAGACGCAAACGGCUUCCAUAAGGAGGCGGAGACACCGCAAAGUCGACAACCUGAGCCGCUCGCCCAGAUUUUGGUGCCACCCAGCCCUACGGAUGCCGUUCUAGACAGCAACUGCCCACUCAGUAAUGAACUGAGGGACCUCCGAUUAGAAACCAGAAGGCUGUUGAGAUUACUGAGUGACAAGGAGAGAGAGUACCAGGACCUACUGAGGACUACAGUCCAGAGGAAACAGGAUGACAUAGAUGCUCUCAGGGGUGACAUUCCAGAUGGUGGGUCGACUCCGCAGAAAAGCCAUGACCCUGACGUGAAGGACAUGGUAGCUUGGCUGGAGACCAUCCCAGUUGACCAGCACACUGUUGACAAGUUGCUUGCACACGAGUUCACUUUGGACUGUCUUCUGCACAUGGCCUGCAGGGACGACUUGAUGUACUGUGGAAUAAAAGGAGGCAUGCUGUGUCGCAUGUGGGCGGCCAUUACCGCCUAUAGGAAGUCACAGCCUUCCAACACCCUUGAUAAAGCUCAACUUUGACUCCAGUGCUUUAGUGGACAGGCUGGACCUGUUUCAGGCGCUCCCACGGUUAUUCAGUUUUCUUUCCUUCUCUACUGGAAAUGCUUAUGUAAAUAUGUAAUAAGUCUCAGGUUUUUUUUUAUACUACGUACACUUCACUGUUGACUUAAACUCUUACCAAAGGGAUGAACUACAAGUUAUUACUGCGUUGGGUGGAAGCUAAUAAACAAGUAACAUGUGCUUGGUUAUGUAUUAUCUGUUCAAAAUCUUCCCAGAAAGGGACGAGCCCCACAAUAAUUUGGAUUUAAUUCCAUUAACAUGAUGAUAUUCAUGCUCCUUUUGUUUUAGAAUGUGCUUUCUGCAAAAUUCCGACCUUAUUUUGGUGAUAUUUGAUCUUCUAAGCACAGUGUUUCAGGGGGGUUGUCAGUCUGAAGGAUUUUUGCAGGAUUGGGGACACCACAUUGGGACCCCCCACCCCAAUAAGGGAUUAGCAACAUCACUCCAUAUCCACAUCAGCUCACAUAACAGCAGUCAUCGCAUUGUUUUGCACUAUCACUUUCUUACACUGUGCUCUCAUAGGUUAUAUUGGUGUAAUCAGUUUGUUAUGCUGAAUUAUUCCUUUGCAUACUGUAACCAAGGAUUCCGAAUGCACCCUACCUAGAGUAUACGUCAAGCUAUAAAAAAUAUCUGUCUUUUAACGUGUUUAGUUCGCAGAUCAAAAAUUAAUUUAAAAAAGUAGUACAUCAUAUACUGUACAUUUUUUACUAUACAUCGUACAACAAUUUGUCAGCGUUACUUGUGAGAUAUUUACAGUGCAUUUAAUCCUACUGAGUUGAAUUAAAACCACUAAUCUGUUUGUGCGUACGCGUAUUAGUGACCUAGAGAGACUUAUCUUUUGUUUAUAACAUGUUAGAAUCAUCAUCAUACUAAAAUUCAUCGAAAUAUGCCUUUUUACUCUUAAAAUAUCAAUCGCACGGUUGUCAAAUUUGGUGAGUCUUGGGAAGAGGAACAAGUUAAUAUUUUGGCAAUUGGACAAGAAAUAGCCUCAAAUUGUCACGUGGUGUCACCAUCGACACAGGAGCCAACUGGUCCCCAUUCAUCGAAAGAACAAUGUUAGAUUAUGGCCUCAAAUUAUUCAAAACCGCUAAAAAUUUGAUGGCUAGUGAACAGGCAAGCCAGGCAGUUGUAUCCUCCCAAACAAUUAAAACUAAAUGCAACACUUUCAAAAUAAUCCAUAACAAUGCCACUCUGAUUAAACGAAUCAUCGAAGCAGCAAAAUUGAAUUCGAAGCUUUUUUCUAAUCAAAUUACUUGGAUUAAUCGCUGUAGCACUAAUUUAUAUGGAAAACGCGUCUCUACCUUCGGAAUUUUCAGUUUACGAAACUACUUCUGGAACCAAUUAAUUUCAUAAGUAGAGGUACCACUGUAUACUUUUUGCCGACAGUUUUGGUGUGGUC